GUUGAGCACUGAAAGCGAGCCGCACCAGUGCCAUCUAGAACUAGAACUAGAGGAUUAGCAGACUAGGAAUCACCCAAGGAAGGCAGACCAUAAGGACACGGAGCAACAAUGACAGUGGACACUGUGCAGGAGACGCUGCAACAUGCGGCCACAUCGACAUCGGGACUCGGCUUCAGCCCCAUGCUCACCACCCUGGUGGGCACCAUAGUGGCCCUGGGAUUGUACGAGUACUGGCGCCGGAAUACACGGGAGUACCGCAUGGUGGCCAACAUACCGUCGCCGCCAGGAUUGCCGCUGUUGGGACAAGCUCACAUGGUCGCUGGCCUGAGCAAUGCAGAGAUCUUGAAUGUGGGACUCGGCUACCUGAAUAAGUAUGGCGAGACGAUGAAGGCUUGGCUGGGCAAUGUCCUCCUUGUCUUCCUCACCAAUCCCAACGACAUUGAGCUGAUCCUGAGCGGGCACCAGCAUUUGACCAAGGCCGAGGAGUAUCGCUACUUCAAGCCAUGGUUCGGCGAUGGCCUGCUGAUCAGCAACGGACACCACUGGCGCCACCAUCGCAAGAUGAUUGCCCCCACCUUCCAUCAGAGCAUUCUGAAGAGCUUUGUGCCCACCUUUGUGGACCACUCCAAGUCGGUUGUGGGUCGCAUGGGCCUCGAGACCGGCAAGUCCUUUGAUGUGCACGACUACAUGUCCACCACCACCGUCGACAUCCUGCUCUCCACCGCCAUGGGUGUGAAGAAGCUGCCCGAGGGCAACAAGAGCUUCGAGUAUGCCCAGGCCGUGGUUGACAUGUGCGACAUCAUCCACAAGCGCCAGGUCAAGCUUCUGUACCGUCUGGAUUCGAUCUAUAAGUUUACCAAGUUGCGCGAGAAGGGCGACCGCAUGAUGAACAUCAUUCUGGGCAUGACCAGCAAGGUGGUGAAGGACCGAAAGCAGAACUUCCAGGAGGAGUCGCGCGCCAUUGUCGACGAGGUGCAGGCUGUUUCGACACCGGCCACCAAGAAGGAGGGACUUCGCGACGAUCUCGAUGACAUCGAUGAGAACGAUGUCGGCGCCAAGCGCCGUCUGGCCCUCCUCGAUGCCAUGGUCGAGAUGGCAAAGAACCCCGAUAUCGAGUGGAACGAGAAGGACAUCAUCGAUGAGGUGAACACCAUUAUGUUCGAGGGUCACGAUACCACCUCGGCCGGCUCCAGCUUUGCCCUCUGCAUGAUGGGCAUCCACAAGGACAUCCAGGAGAAGGUCUUUGCCGAGCAGAAGGCCAUCUUUGGCGACAACAUGCUGCGCGACUGCACCUUUGCCGACACCAACGAGAUGAAGUACCUGGAGCGCGUCAUUCUCGAGACUCUGCGCUUGUACCCCCCAGUACCCCUGAUCGCUCGCCGCCUGGACUACGAUCUCAAGCUGGCUAGCGGCCCCUACACCGUACCCAAGGGCACCACCGUCAUCGUCCUGCAGUACUGCGUGCACCGUCGUGCCGACAUCUACCCCAACCCGACCAAGUUCGAUCCGGACAACUUCCUGCCCGAGCGCAUGGCCAACAGGCACUACUACUCGUUUAUUCCGUUCAGUGCCGGACCCCGCAGCUGUGUGGGCCGCAAGUACGCGAUGCUCAAGCUGAAGGUACUGCUCUCCACCAUCGUGCGCAACUACAUUGUCCACUCAACCGAUACGGAGGCGGACUUCAAGCUGCAGGCCGACAUCAUUCUCAAGCUCGAGAAUGGCUUCAACAUCUCCCUGGAGAAGCGCAAGUACGCGACUGUCGCUUAGGUCAUCUAUACCUGGAACACCACCACCACCAACAAGGCCCCCAGACGAUCCAACUCUGUACAUAUGCUGGACGAUGAAUCCCAGAGCCCAAGCGAACCGAACCGAACCGAACAGAUCCGAAACCGAACAGUUAGAAGCCGCCAGUUAGCCAGAGAGUCAACCCCGUGAGUGAUGGGAAUGUUCCACUUUCCAUCGUCCAUCAUCCAUCGCUCCAACUUUUUGUUAUAUCUUUACUAUACCUUUUUUGUUGGUCAUAACGCUGGUGGUGCGCGUAUAUAUCCAUAAUCCUAAUCCACUA